UAUCGCUGAACAAUUUCAACUGACAUUAGGUUUACUUUUCUUGCAAUAUCCCUCUGUGAACUCAAUGGGCCGCUGUUGGUCAACGUGUUGCAGAUGUAGACAGGAUUUAACGCAGAUCCACCCACGUCACGUCGUUAUUUCAGAGAAAGAAAAGGGGAGAAAGCAGUGUUCACGGACAGAUUACCUCUUAGAUGGACAUAUUGAGUUGACGGACUAUCUUCAGACUUCGUGGAUUGUAUAUUCCUUCAUCUAUUUUUUUGGGAUGUUAUUUUUAUUCUGAAGUCGAUUUCAACAUAUUUUGUGGCGCAAAGUAAACUGUGAAUAGAACAAUGAGACGGCAAGUACUGGUCCUCAUCUCGCUUUUGUCUCUCGGUUCCGUUCUCGGUCAAGUCAGUUACUCUAUUCCGGAGGAAAUGGCAAAAGGCUCUGUUGUAGGUAACAUAGCACGGGAUUUAGGUUUAGAUGUGAAAAGGCUAAAGUCGGGUAAAGCCCGUAUAUUUACGGGCGACAGUGCAGAAUACAUUGAGCUGAGUAGAGACAGAGGGGUCCUCCUCGUGAAAGAGAGAAUCGACAGAGAGUCGCUCUGCAGACAAACGACGCCUUGUGCUUUGCAUUUGCAGAUUAUUCUUGAAAACCCAAUGGAGCUUUUUCGAAUCACGGUUGAGAUUACCGACAUCAACGACAACAGUCCCAGUUUUAAAAAUGACGAGAAACGUUUUGAAAUUAGCGAGUCUGCGAUCAUAGGAUCUAAAUUUGUGUUAGAAAGAGCGGUUGAUGCAGACAUCAGUGUAAAUGGCCUGAAAAACUACAGCUUGAAACCUACAGAUAAUUUUGGAUUGAAAAUACAAAGUCAUGCAGAUGGAAAUAAAAAGGUCGAAAUGGUCCUGAACAAACCGUUAGAUCGAGAGAAAGAGGAGCAAAUAUCAUUGUUGUUAACAGCUGUAGAUGGAGGUGAACCUCAGAUGUCUGGUACAGUAAAGAUUUACGUGACCGUGCUUGAUGUAAACGACAAUGCUCCUGUUUUUAUACAGUCGGUUUACAAGGCAGCCAUUGCGGAAAAUUCUCAAAAAGGGACCACACUGACAACAGUGAGUGCUACUGAUGCAGAUAAAGGAUCAAACGGGGACGUUUCUUACUCAGUGUCCUCCACUAUGGACAGUGUAUCUGACAUAUUUACAAUCAAUGAAAACGGUGAAGUUAUAUUGGUUGGGGAAGUUGACUUUGAAAAAGCCAAGUAUUAUCAAAUUGAUAUUGAGGCUAAAGACAGUGGUGGUCUUUCUGAUUCUAGUAAGAUUAUAGUUGAUGUUAUUGAUAUCAAUGAUAACAAGCCUGCAAUCAGUGUACUUUCCAAAUCUGAUUCAAUCCCAGAAAACUCUCCCCAAAAUACAGUUAUUGUUAUGUUCAGUGUCCUUGACCCAGAUUCAAGUAACAAUGGUCAAGUGAACUGCAGGAUAAAUGGCAACAUACCAUUUACUAUCACAACAUCAUCAAAUGAUUUCUAUAGUUUAGUGACAGACAGUGAUUUGGAUAGAGAGAGAGCUUCUGAAUAUAAUAUCACAUUGCUCUGCUCUGAUGAGGGAGUGCCAUUAUUAAUUAUCAUUAUCGAUAUUGUCUAA